UCCUUCGUUCAGCAACGUCUCUACCAGUGAUGAGAAAAUUCCUGCAGGAAGAAACAACUGGAUGAAGUCAGGAGCUGCUGGAAGCUACACCUGAAGCUAAAACAACGCUAACAAAGCCACAUUUCCCACAUAUAUAUUCCCAGGAUGUCGUGGCGACUCGGCUCGUGUCCCGAGUCCGAGCCAAUCCGUUAGCCUGAUAACGUUCCAUUCGCCGCCCUAAUCAUCAUCGGUUCAGUCAUGAACCACACGCCCAGCCCUCACAUGGCCGAGGCGGCUAAAUCAGGUCUGCUGUGCGGCCUGGGCGUGGGUCCAGACCGAGUGCGUUCUCCAGACAGCAUGACCCACACGCCGAGCCCCACAGUGGGCACGCCCAGUGCCAGCCCUCCACUGCUGCUGUCCCCCGGUCUGGGCUGUGAUGGUAUGGGUUCGGGAGCGGACUGGGAGAGCCGUGAGGAGCUGCGUCUGCGCGAGCUGGAGGAAGCACGAGCUCGUGCCGCUCAGAUGGAGAAGACGAUGCGCUGGUGGUCGGACUGCACGGCCAACUGGAGGGAGAAAUGGAGUAAAGUACGUGCCGAGAGGAACCGAGCUCGUGACGAAGUCCGCCAGCUCCGCCAGCGUCUCGACGCGCUCACGAAAGAGCUAACAGGAGUGCGGAGAGAGAGACAGGAGCUGGCCUCCGAAAACGAGCAGCUCCAACUCGAGGUUCAGAGACUGAGAGCCGAUCAGGGCUGUCCAUCAAACACCAACAUCUCCUCUCCCGUAUCCAACUCAUCCACCACAAAUUCUGACAAACAGCACAGCCACGAGGACGAGAGUGUCGGAGACGGACCAGGAUCUCCAGAGCCAGAACCUGUCAGAGACGUAGGAGGCGACAAACCAGACCGGCAAAAGGAGCUGCAGCUGUUGGAGGCUCUGCUGAGGGCGAAAGCCGACACGCCGGACUCGUGGGACGCUCGCAGCGUGAGCAGCCUGCGUACGGCUCUGAGCCGUCAGGACCGGAACAGACUGCUUUGGGAGGAUCUGGCAACUCCGGAUGAGGACUCCAGCAAACUCAACGUCCUCCAGCUGCGUCUCGAUGAGUCCCAGAAAGUCCUGCUGAAGGAGCGCGAGGAUAAACUAGCACUCAGUAAGAACAUUGAGAAGCUGGAGACUGAGCUGAGUCAGUGGAAGCUCAAGCACGAGGAACUGAACAAGAGCAAACAGGAAGCUCUCAAACAGCUGAACUUCCUGAAGGAGGUACAUCAGGAUGAACUCGGCCGCAUGUCUGAAGAUCUGGAGGAUGAGCUCGGAGCUCGGAGCAGCAUGGACAAGAAACUAGCCGAGCUUCGAGCAGAGAUGGAGCGUCUGCAGGUGGAGAACGCAGCGGAGUGGGGCAGGCGGGAGCGACUGGAGACUGAGAAGUUGGCACUGGAGCGUGACAAUAAGAAGCUGCGUGCGCAGAUGGAGGACCUGGAGGAGCAGCUGGCACGUAAACGCAGACAGGCAGCCAGUGCACUGGACACCGACCUCAAGAGCAUCCAGAGUGAGCUGUUCGAGAGGAACAAGGAGCUAGCAGACAUGCGUCACAUCCAUACAAAGGUGAAGAAGCAGUACCAGGAGAAGACGGCGGAGCUAGCGCAUGCUAACCGGCGAGUAGAGCAGCAUGAAGCGGAGGUGAAGAAGCUGAGGCUGAGGGUAGAGGAGCUGAAGAAGGAGCUGGGUCAAGCUGAGGAUGAGCUGGAUGACUCUCGUAACCAGACCAGGAAGUUGCAGAGAUCUCUGGAUGAACAAGUGGAGCAAUCAGAGAACCUUCAAGUUCAGCUAGAACAUUUACAGUCCAGGCUGAGGCGUCAGCAGAACCCGAGUCUGUUUGGGAAGAUGAGAACGUCGUCGUCCUCUUCACGGUUCUGCCCCGAUGACCCCGAGCGCCCAGCCAGUGACCCUGACGACGACGAGGAAGAGCUCCAGAUUCAGAUCCCCUGAUCGCAAUCCCAUAAUAUCCGGACCGUGACCUUUAACCUGUCCGCUCACACGGGACAGGUUCUGAUGUGGAACCGCGUCUGUGAGACACAGGGACGGUUCCUCUGCGGUUCCUUUACAGACCGAGCAGAGGAGCCGGAGGAGGAAGUGACAUCAGCAUCAAACACAUUUCACUCGCGUCGUCUUCGUUAUUAAUUCUCGCUCUGAGUCGUGCUCAUAGACCCUCAGAGCGCCGUUCCACCGGGCCGUACUGUACGCUUCGGUACUCUACAGGUGUGAGGGUGGAGUAGGUGAAGCUUGCAGGUGUUGAGGUCAUUUCCUGGUGUUAAACAACGCCAAAGAAUCUUCAAGGUUUGAUUUGUGUUUCAUUGUUUAAUAAAAAGAGACAUCAAUUUUGGUUCAAUCUCUUUGCACACUCAGCACUCCACACCACGUCAAGCUCCGCCCACACACCCCUGUUCACCAAAUGUAGGUAACUGUAGCGUCCCAGUGUAAAAGCCAAAUAAUUACAGAGUUCAUCAGCUUCCUGUGCGACUUUUAUAUUCCUCUGCGCCUUUUAUACGUCUCAUAAAGAAUGCAGUGUCGUGUCGUGGGUUCUGUGCCAUGUAAACGUUUUCUCCAGGCUCACACUCAUCUCCAUCGUGCUUGCCUUCGUCUGUGUGUGUGUGUGUGUUUUAGUAUUAGAGCUCUGACACACCUAGAUUCGGGGGCGUGUCCCGAGCGGUCGGCCCUCCGUAGUGCUGUAGGUGAUGGAACAGAAAGCGUGCUGUCUGAUUGGCUGUUCGGAUCACAUAAUAUAUAUUUAUAUAUCAUAUAAAUAUAGUCCUGAUUUUAUGAUUUUUGUUCAGUGCUUCAGUGUUUUUUGUAACCCUUUCAGUGUAGCCCACCGUGGACUCUGUUGGCUCCGCCCCUUUUGAGACAGACCAUGCUGUUUUGUCUGAGUGUGUCGAGUGUGUAAGUGUUUAUCAACUCUGUGUGAAUGCAUCGUAGCAUCAUGUGCUGUGUAAAACUGUAUUCCUCUGUCUCUAUCUCUCACACUCACACACACACACACACACACACACACACACACAGUGUUGAGGUGAUCAGUACUCAGUGUUUAGUUCUUUAGCGUGUGUCAUGGCUCGAACCUUGAGCUCAGCUUCUUCCUGCUUUAACUUUUUAAGCCCUAAAACAAUUCUCCUUCUGGACAAACAUCAACCACCAACAACGAGGACCAAUACAGACUUACAGACUUCUCCUUUUCUUCAGCAGGACCUUUUUACUCGUCGUUCUGAUAAAUAUUUAUAUAUUUUUUUGUUAUAUAAAUUGUUCUGUAUUACAGUUUUUUGUAUUUAGCAUUAUACAUAUUAAGUGUGUAUAAACACCGGCUGUGUGUUUUA